AUGGCUUCCGCGUGGCUGCCGUGGCUCCUGCUCCUUGUCGGUGGGUCCCUGACCUUUGUGGGCAACUGGAGGACCACAAGCAGACCAACAAUCUGCCGAACCACCCAGAGGGCAUCCGGACUGCAGCUCUCCCCUCCGUCUGUACCGGCAGAUGUGCGCUGGGACCUGUGGCCAGCCCUGCCAAUCGCGCCUUACGAGCGGCGGCGCACCUUCUUGGUAGAGUACAUUCCUGGAGAGCUCUGGGGCUUGGAACAGAAACUCGGCUUGCUCUACGUGCAUGUACCCAUUCGGAUGACUGUCCUCCGUCUCGAGUCUGGCGGUCUCUUGAUCUAUGGGGCGGUGGCUCCCACUGACGAGUGCCUGUCCCUUGUCCGUGAGCUCGAGUCUAAGUAUGGAGCUGUCCGUUUCUUGGUUCUCCCGACAGUGGCCGUGGAGCACAAGACCUUCGCAGGGCCCCUGGCACAGCGGCUACCCGAUGCCGAGGUCUGGGUCGCCCCUGGCCAGUAUUCGGUUCCUUUUCCUUUGCCUUUGUCCUUCUUGGGCUUCCCCUUGUUCCGGAGCGUCAAAGAGCUGCCAUCAGACAGCCGAGAGGCGAAGUUGCCAUGGGCUGAUGAACUGGAGCAUAUUGUCUUUGGCCCGGUGGGCAAAGAUCCCAAGACCGGCGCCUUCUGCGAGGUGGCCUUCUAUGUCCCAAGACUCCGAGUCUUGCUUCUCACGGACCUCCUGAUUUCGAUCCCCCGAAACCCCCCGAUGGUGCUGCGGGAGGAUCCGAGGCCUCUGCUCUUCCACGCGCGGGACGGCCCCCUGAAGCCAGUGGAGGCGGAUGAGAGGGCGCUGCAAAGAGGAUGGCAGCGCAUCGUGAUCUUCUCCCUCUUCUUCCAAUCCGGUGCAAUCGAUGUUCAGUCCAUCGAGGAGGCCUUCCGUGACGCGAAGAAGUCAGAGGCGCCUGAGCUCGGAUGGGCUGGCCUCCUUCCCUGGAACUACCGGGACGACUGGCAGCAGGCAUUCGAAGCCGUAAGUGGUGGAGUGCUGGUCCCUCCCAUCUUACAAGCCCUCGUGCUGAAUCGGGGCGAGCGCGACACGAAGCAGCUACGGGAGUUCGUCGAGAAAGUCGCUGAAAGGUGGCCCUUCGAGCGCAUGCUCUCACUCCACUUCGAUGGGCUCACGCCCUGUUCUCCCGGAGACUGGACCUCGGCCUUCCGGCGAUUCCUCGACGACCCCAGCCUCCCCUUCGGCACCUUGGGCCCUAGGCCGCGCGAGGUGGACCUGGCAUUUCUCAAGGACUUCGGUGAGACGCUCCAGUCCAGCGGAAUCAUCAACCCUUUGUCAGAGAAGCGCCAGACCUUCCUCUGA